UCAGUUGCCAUCGCUGUCUGUCACCGUACAUACCAGUCUCCGGGGCCCACAUGCGAACGACUCUCUCACUCAAGUGGUUAUGUUUGGUGUUUACUUCUCUAUAAACCCUUGCGCUCUGCCCGUCUCUCGCUCUCUCUCUGUCUCUGUGUCUGCUGUGGGCUCUUGCGUUACAUCGUUCAGAUAUGGAUCACCAAGAUCCGAGUAAGCUUCAAACACGAGAGCAUGAAGGCCAUGGAGUCCAUGUUUGUCACAAAUGUGGGUGGCCUUUUCCAAACCCGCACCCAAGUGCUAGGCACAGACGUGCACACAAGAAGAUUUGCGGAACUAUUGAAGGCUACAAGCUGGUUGAUUCGGAGGAUAAACCCCAUUUGAAUAUUUCCGAUGAAGAGCAUUUAUCUGAUGAAGAUCACGCACCCCCUGGUCCUAGAGUCCUGGAGAAAACUAACAAUGACAAGGGUAGCCGUGGAAUUGGAGAAAGAUCGAACAAAUCAGAGGAUGAUCUGUUUUCGGAUGCUGUUGCGGACUUUUCAGAUAGUGGAGUUAAUGCGGGAAACGAAGAUGUGGAAAAGGUUACCAAGGAUGAUCCAAAAGUUAUCCAAUCAUUUAAGGAUGUUGGCGUAGCUGAUAUUAUUCAACCACCAAGUAUUUCUGAAGACAGCAGCCAAGUUGAAAAUCGUGAAGUUCCUCAAAGUACAGCUAAUCAGUUGGGGAGUAAACUACGUUUGGAAGAUCAUAUGUCAAGCUCUACAGCCAGUUCAAUGGCAAGUUCUAUUUCACAUUAUAUAACUGAGGAAUCAGUUAUGCUUAGUCAUGAUAGGACAAGUCCACCCGAUGACUCAAAUAUUAUCAAGCCUGAGACUCUGACGGAUGCAUCACAAGGCAAUGUGAAGAUCAAUGCCAGGGAGGAUGCCACAGAAUGCUCUUUGCCAUGUGUUGUGCAGGAGGCUGAUACAAAGGGAACUGAAGAAAGUAAUAGAAGUUUUACGGACUUUAUGGUCUCACCCAGUAGAUUUGCUGGCGAAUCAUUUGAGAAUGUGUCAAAGUUGGACGAAACAGUCAAACAAUCUUUGGAUCCUUUGCCAGCUGAUAGGGUUUUUCAGCCAGAGGAAGAUCAUUAUGAUGGGUCCAGUUCUAAGAAGAAUCAAAAUGAUCCUGCCCCUGAAGUUUAUCCUGCUGAUCAUGUGAAUACUUCUUUUGAUUCUUCUGAAAUCAAGGUGGAUGCUGCACAGAUAGGAAACCAUGCCAGUUCUGGCAGUAUGGUUGAUAGUGGCAAUCGAAAGGAAGAAGGAAAUUAUAAUGUAAGUGUCCUUUCUGUGUCGGGUGUAUCUGCUAAUCAUGUGAAUGCUUCUAUUGAUACUACUCAAAUCAAGGUGGAUGCUACUGAAGAAAUAGACCAUGCCAAUUCUGGCCAUAUAAUUGAGAGUUGCAAUAGAAAUGGAGAAGAAAAUGCAGAUGUAAAUGUCCUUUCUGUGACUCAUGAUGCAUCAGUAGUCAACGAUCCUGAGGUGGUUGCUGAACAUUUUAAAGACACUAAAGAAGUGAAACUACAGGAAUAUGCAAUCCUCGAUUUGUGUGCAACAAUCACGAAUAAGGAAGACAGUGCUAAGGAUUCCGCUUCUGAGGAGAAUUCUUCCAGUUUCCAGUCAAGGCAAUUGAGUGAAGGAACUGAGCUCCCUUCUGGCCAUAUAAUCGAGAGUUGCAAUAGAAAUGAAGAAAAUGCAGAUGUAAAUGUCCUUUCCAUGACUGAUGAUACAUCAAUGGUUGACCAUCCGGCGGUGGUUUUUGAACAUCUUAAAGACACUAAAGAAGUGAAGCUGCAGGAAUAUGCAAUCCUCGAUUCGUGUGCAACAAUCACUGAUAAGGAAGACAGUGCUAAAGAUUCCGCUUCUGAGGAGAAUUCUUCCAGUUUCCAGUCAAGGCAGUUGAGUGAAGGAAUUGAGGUCCCUUCUUCAAUUCAUAUUUUGGGAGACAGUGAUGAACAAGAAGGUGGGAGCAUCAAGGUGGGUAUCGAUGUGCUUGCUGAAGAAGGAGCUGAGGUGUCUCAGAUCAAGGUGGCAAUUAAUGAAAUAGGAUCCCCUGCAGAGGUUGUGAUCCCUGACAUUGAGGAAAAUCACAUGGUCCAGUCUCAUGAAGAACAAGAAACUAAUGAUAUUCAUUCCAAUGAAUUGAUGGUGAAUUUUCCAGAAAGUGCUACAAAGUACCUAUCUGAUGCUGGAAGCAACCAAGCGAUUAACUUAGUUGGUGUAGAUGAUGCUGGCAGUCAUGAGCAAGCUAGGAAUGAAAGACUUGACAUAGCUGGAGAUGAUGAUGGAAAAGGUGCUACAGAGGAAAAUUGUAACAAAAUCACUAGCAAAAAUGCUGAAUCUACAGGUAAUCUCUCUGAAUCCUUAGUUGAUCCAACAAUGGACUUACCUGAAUGUGAUGAAGCUGGUGAUCAUGAAAAGGGAAAAACGGAGAAGUAUGAUAUAGAUGGAAUUGACAGCAGGGAAGGAGCUAAAGAGGAUGAUCUGUCAAUUAAGCCAAAACUGAUUUCUGAGUCUGUUAGCAGUCUUCAUGGAUCACAGGCUGUUGCAGAUGAUAUAAGGGAUGGGUCUCUGAAGAAGUUACCAGAACAUGAAUUCAUGCAUUUCGAUGGAGUUUCACAUUCAAGCGGAGUUGGCAACGAUACUGUUUUAGAUGCUAGCUUAAAAUAUGAACUCAAUGGCGGUAAAAAAGUGGAAGUAGAAUCUCUCGGAGUAAGUACUGCUAAAGAGUCAUAUAAUGGUGGAGAUGUUAAUUCAUUGCAAAAGACUUCAGAAGACCACAUCAGACAAGAGGCGAAUCCCUCUGAUUUAGUAACUGAAUCUUCUGUUCAAAGUUCUGCUGCUGUUGAAGAUAACCAUGUAACAGAGUUUGGUGGGAGUGCAUCUGGAAUCACUUUCGAGUCUUUAGAAGGUGAUGGUAACAUUGUUAAGCAACAGAUUGCUGCAUCUGCAAUUGAUGCUUCAGUUGACUCUUAUAGCCAAACUGAUAGUUUGGAAGGCCAUUGGGGAUCUGUUUCAGUACUUUCUACCCAAUCGGUUACAGCGGCACUUAUUGAUACUGAGACAUUGCCAUCAUUAGAUUCCCAAGCAUUGGCAGAAGCAGAGAAAGCCCUCUUGGAGAAGCCAAUAGCAGCACCAGAGAGACAGCGUUCUGAUAAAUCAGAUAUGUUUGAGGCACCAUCUUUCAUGACAUUAGUUGAACCUAGAGAUAGGAGUGGCCAAAAAGCUACUGCUUCCGAAGUCCAGACAGGACAAAAUCCACCACAGCAAUCUGCAUCUUUGCAGGCUGGGUGGUUUCCUUCUCUUACUCAUGUUGUUAAUGAAUCACAAGGGAGAAAGAAGAAUGAAGAGAUUAUUGCGAAGGUAACAAACUGGAGUACUGGAAAGCAACACACUCCUCUAAAAAGCCUUUUGGGUGAGGCUUCCCUUGAGAGCAAACAAAAGUUAAAGAAAGCAAAAGAAAAUCCAGCUCCUGCAACACAAAAAGAUGAAACAUCUCCAAAAGAUAAUGGUGCUAGCGUCACAACAGUAAACUCCAUUUUAGAUCCCGGAUUGCACACAACUCAAGCUGCGAGGACAGAAACAAAAAAAGAAUGGAACUCUCCAGCAAGGUAUCCUUCUGAAAUUAAGAGAGAAAACAGGAAAGUCAAGGGGAGACCGUAUUGGGUACAAUUUGUCUGCUGCUCAUCUAUGAAUUAGAAUCUUAACUACGUGCCUUGACAUUAUGCGCGGGAUGACAUCCCACUAUUCAUGGUAAAAAUCUGUGAAACCUUUUGUCGUUGGAAGCUAGUCUGUGUGAUAUUAGCUUUAGUUUUAUACCUGUGUAGAUUUUAAGGUACAUAUGUUACAUAUUUGUCAGUUAUAUAUAUAUAUAUAUAUAUAUAUGAGUGCUUGCCUUUCGGACUUUUA